AUGCCGGUUUCACCCUCUUGUGAAUCCGAUAUUCGACGAAGGCACCUUGCAGAUCUUCAACGAGCACGCCUAAAACUCUGGCAGCAAGGAACUCGAAGAUUUGGCCGCCUCGAAGACGCAGACGUAUUCGUCAGGCCGCUGUCACUCGCAAAAAGCCAUGAGAACAUCGGAUCACCGUCGAGAGACCCAGACACGCCAUCCAAUGUGUCUCCACCUUCCCCCUUUCCAUCUUCACCCCUGCCAUCUCCUGCCUUGCCGUCUCCAGCUUCGACGUUAUCGAGGCGGCUGUCUGUCCGAGCAAUUAUCCACUCAAAGUCACACUCGCCCAUUGGUUUGAAGCGUGAUUUUGACCUGGAUGCUUUAAAAGCAACGAUUCCGGAUCCUCUGCCCUCCCCUCGGUCACCCAACUUCAAUCCUGAGGCACUGUUGUCCGUUCUGGAGCCAUUGAAUAGAAAACGAAGGCCAUCUUGUUCGCCAGACUCCGACUCCACCAAUACAAGCAAUAACGAAAACGAUAAUGAAGAUGGAGCAGAAGGGAGUGAUGGAGAUGCAAGAAUGACUGAAGACACUACGGCUUCUCCUGAACCCUGCAAGCGUCCAAGAGUCUCAACUCAACCUACUGUUGUGCCCAUCAAUGUUCAAUACGCACGGGCACAGUUACCGGCGCUGGCCGCCAUCAUCAUGUCAGAUCGAGUACGACGAGGAGAUCUGAUUGAGCUGGCAUUGCCUCAUCCGCAGGUUUGGCCUGAGACAAUAGCAUAUGUCUAUACUGGAGAGGCACAGCUUCUUACGGAGCAGACCAAGGAGAAUAUCCUAUAUCUAGGUGGAAAGAUCUAA